ACUAUGGCCUUUUUCCCUCCCCCAGGCUGUUCCUCUAAGUCAUUCAAGCUGUACUCUCCAAAGGAGCCCCCAAACGGCAACGCCUUCACCCCCUUUCACUCAGGCACUAUGCUGGAUCGAGAUGUGGGACCAACUCCUAUGUAUCCACCAACAUACCUGGAGCCAGGGAUUGGGAGACACACACCAUAUGGAAACCAGACUGACUACAGAAUAUUUGAACUCAAUAAGCGGCUGCAAAACUGGACAGAGGAAUGUGACAAUCUGUGGUGGGAUGCCUUCACCACUGAGUUUUUUGAGGAUGAUGCCAUGUUAACAAUCACUUUCUGUCUGGAAGAUGGACCAAAGAGAUACACAAUCGGCCGUACCCUAAUUCCUCGCUACUUCCGCAGUAUCUUUGAGGGGGGCGCUACUGAGCUGUAUUAUGUUCUGAAGCACCCAAAGGAAUCCUUCCAUAACAACUUUGUUUCACUUGAUUGUGAUCAGUGUACUAUGGUCACUCAGCAUGGCAAGCCUAUGUUCACCCAGGUGUCUGUGGAGGGCCGCCUCUACUUGGAAUUCAUGUUUGAUGACAUGAUGAGGAUAAAGACAUGGCACUUCAGUGUCCGGCAGCAUCGGGAGCUUAUUCCCCGUAGCAUCCUUGCUAUGCAUGCGCAAGAUCCCCAGAUGUUGGACCAGUUGUCUAAAAAUAUUACUCGAUGUGGACUUUCAAACUCCACACUCAACUACCUCCGACUGUGUGUAAUCCUAGAACCAAUGCAGGAGUUGAUGUCUCGACACAAGACCUACAGUCUCAGUCCUCGGGAUUGCCUCAAGACGUGCUUAUUCCAGAAGUGGCAACGUAUGGUGGCGCCCCCUGCUGAACCGGCACGUCAGCAGCCUAGUAAGCGCCGGAAAAGGAAGAUGUCUGGAGGUAGCACCAUGAGUUCCGGCGGAGGCAAUACCAACAAUAGCAACAGCAAAAAGAAGAGCCCAGCCAGCACCUUUGCCCUCUCCAGUCAGGUACCUGAUGUGAUGGUGGUGGGCGAGCCAACCCUGAUGGGUGGUGAGUUUGGCGACGAAGAUGAGCGCCUUAUCACUCGACUGGAGAACACACAGUUUGACGCUGCCAAUGGCAUUGAUGAUGAGGACAGCUUCAACAACUCUCCCGCGUUGGGCGCCAACAGUCCCUGGAACAGCAAGCCCCCUUCCAGUCAGGAGAGCAAGUCUGAGAAUCCAACGUCGCAAGCAUCACAAUAAAGCCCCCCAAACAGUGCCCAGCCGGGCCUAUAUUUGACUUGGCUGGUGUCCCAUGGACUGAGUCGAAACCAUUCUACCUGGACAAUUGUGAAGAAGAGUGGCUGGCCAACAAGGUAUCAAGGCCUAUGAGCACUGCAGCGCCUGCCUGCCUACAGUUAACCUGGCCACGAUUCCCUGCUGUCUGCACUCUUGGAUGUCCCCUUUAGGGCAGAAUUGGAACAGUGGGCUUUUAGUCCCAGCAGAAUUUUAAUUCCUUCUUCCCUGUCAAUGCAUCCAGCGCCCUGGAUACCACAAGCUACACUGUUAGGGGGUGGUAUUCAUAGCAGUCCCUUAGAGCCUCCAAACUUUGGUGGAUCAGCAUGAAGUACUUUGGGAGGUCACAGGACUGAGUACUUAAGAUGGGCAGGAAAAAUCUGGUCUAAGCCCCCUUCUAUCAUUCAGUUUCAUAUAAGGGGCAUCAAGAAAGUUCCAUUUUAGCAGGAGAGUCUUAGAGUCUUGUGGACAAUGUCAUGACUCAAAUUGGUGCAGCUAUGAUUUUUGUGGGUUGAAUUUUAAGCAGUUCAUCUUGACUGUCUUAGAGCUGGCAGAGCAGUAAUUCUGCUUUGCCUGAAGAACCCAGAAAACCAAUAUGGCAGGAGAUUAUAUGGGGUUUUAAAUUUUCUGGAAUGCAUUAUUAAAAUAUUCUGCAGUUACCUGGAAGGGCACUUGUCCUUUUAGUCAUAUCCUUAGGCAUGGGCUGUUUUGUCCCAACCUGCUCUUAAAGGAAAUUGCAGUCCUCGUACAUACCCCGCCCUCAGUAUUUUGGGCUUUU